GAGCUUACACGAUCUGGGUUCACAAAAAGUAGAUUAUUAUAAUAAUUUUUUUUUUUUGGGAAUUGUGUGAACUUUAUACAUAAUCUCCUAAUGCGGGUGCUCUAAUGCCUUCUCUGUACCUUGGUUCUGGCCUUAUCAGAAGCGGCUUGGGAGCUUAAGGGGAGAAAAUAUUCGGCUCCAGCUCUGAGUAUGUGCAAAGCAACAUAACUCGUUAUUUCUCCGAUCCCCAAUACUAUUUUCAAGUGAAUGAUCAAUAUGUGAGGAACAAGUUGAAGAUUGUUCUACUUCCUUUCCUUCAUAGGGGACAUUGGACUAGAAUCUCAGAACCAAUUGAGGGUAGACUUUCAUACAAGCCUCCUAUAUAUGAUAUUAAUGCGCCAGACUUGUACAUUCCCCUCAUGGCCUUUGGCACUUAUCUUGUUCUUGAUGUUUUGUCACUAGGACUCUGUGGCAAGUUUUUUUCGGAAGCUCUGAACUGGCUUUUUGUGAAAGGAAUGGUUGGCUGGUUUUUGCAAGUCAUGCUGCUGGAGAUAACGUUGCUUUCAUUGGGUAGCGGCGAAUCACCUCUCUUGGACAUUGUGGCAUAUGCAGGCUAUGCUAACGCUGGUCUCUGCUUAGCUGUUCUUUGCAAGACUAUCUGGGGAUACUCUUACUAUGUUUUGAUUCCGAGGACUUGCUUAUGCACAGGGGUUUUCUUGGUGAAGACAAUGAAGCGAGUUCUCUUUGCUGAAGCUAAGAGUUAUGUGACUCAAGCAGGCAUCAUUAGGGAAAGAACACCUCUAAUGUUAUGACCUGGCAAUAACUUGAACAACCUCUAUGGAUAUGAACUGGUUAAGGGAUACAUUGAUGUGUGAUAUCUCUGGAAACGUUAGGAUCUCAUGACCAAUGGUUCCUGAGAAUCUGUUCUAGCUCACAUCUAAUGAAACAAGAUGUUUCAGCCUAUGUAAAGGCGACACUGUUCUUGGAUAGGUCUAUGGUUUUGAGCUCCUUGAGGCGUGUGAUUCCUGGGGAUAUGUCUCCGGUGAAGAAGUUUUGAGAGAGUGAUAUUUUGGUGAGUUUCUUGAGUUGGGACAUAGUUUCUGGUAUUGGACCACGGAAUCUGUUCUUGUUGAGUCUAAGGAAACCGUCAUCGUCAACAUUAAUCUCUGUGACUCUGCUUGUGGUGUUCUCGAUAGGGAAAGAACACAUGACUCCAAAGAACGUUUCUGAGCCUUCACAAGAGAAGUCCCAUGUGCUUAGGUAAGAGGAAGGGGAGAUGGAACUUGGGUCAAUGCUACGUAUGAUAGACUCUCUAGAGCUUGAAUAUCAAAUCGAAGAGUGGCUGACAGAGCUGAUGAAGGGACAAUAGUUGAAACAAGUAAUAAAAACAAUGACGUGAGUAGCAAGAGAGAAGAAGAUGGUUGUGUUUUUUUUGGUAGCCAUUGUAAUGGUUCUUUCACAUGAGUCAUGAAUGAAAGACAUGUAAGUCUUUUAUAUUUUUGUACUAAGACAAAGAAGAAGAAGGUCGUCGUGUUUAACCUAAUUGGGAUCUAAAGUCUAAACAUACUUCACAUUUUUGUAGCGUUAUUGAUAAGUUACAUCAAACCAAAUAUAGACCGACCUCAAAAACUCGUUUGGGAUCAUGUUCCCUUUAGUCAAAUGCAUACUAAAUAGAUUACAUUUGUAUUAUUACUAUAUCUUAAUCUGUUUGAGAUGUGUGUCUAAACUAAAACCGACACUUUUUAUGAAAAUAGGGAAGUACCAAUUAGUGGUUCCUAUUUUUGACAAUUUUUUAAAAUAUUGAACAUGAGAAAUUUGGAAGACAUUAUGCAAUACUAUUUUAGAUUUUUUUAAUCUAAAAAUUUGGUAAUCAUUCGACUAAUACCUAAGAAAAGGCAAUUGAAACAUUCAACAAAGUUAUAAAUUAGGAACUUACUAUUUCUAGAAGUUUGGUUUUAUAUAUAAAUACGUCAGGUUAUUGAUCUGAAAUUACUAACAAGAAAAAAAGGAGAAAAAAAAGAACCAUUUAAGAGCUUAUAAAACAAUGGCUAUCGAAAAGAAAACCCUGCUCGCCUCCUUCAUCACCAUCAUGAUGAUGGUAAUGAUGAUCGUGAACCAAGUCGAGGCCAGGAACCAUGUCACAAUCAAGCCGCCUCCAAAGUGAUCAUAGUCUUUUUGUUUUUCUAAAUCGAUGGCUCCAAAAGUUUAUGAGAAAAUAAAUGGUUCCUUCAACGUGGAGCUUAAAGCAUGGCUUAACUAAUUUUUAUUUACUAUAUAUAUAUAUAUCAUUCUUUUCAUCCUCUUAUUUGUUUAGUUAUGGAUGUAUAACUUAUAAAUAAUGUUUCACAAAAUAAUAUUUUGUAUGUGAAUGAAAUGUACUAGUGUCAUAUUUCAUAGGCAGAGAUUGGUGUUGUGAUCUCUCUAGAAAUUGACAACAUUAAUGUUCACAUUCUUUUUUUCUUUUGUUUGUAAUUAAAAAGGAUAAUAAUAUCCUUGUUAUAUUAAUAUUAUUAAGGGGGGCUUAUUGAAUUAGGGAUUUCAUACAAUUUUAGGUUUUUGUCAAAUCCUCCCUUAUUGAAUAAGGUAUUUAUAAAAAACUUUACAAAUCCUCUCUUAUUGGAUAUAUCAUUUGUAAAAAUCCUAUCAAAUCACCCCUUAUUGAAAAAUAUGGAUUUCAAAAAUGAGAUUCAUCAAAAGUUAUUUUAGAUCAUUAAAAGCUAUAGUUUACCCUUCAAAUUCAAUAGAAAAGAAUACCAUCUCUUUAGAUGGAAUUUUAAAAUAACAACUAUUUCAUAUUUUACGACAAGAGCUUAGCUGAGAUUGGAAGAUAAUCAAUUAGCUGAGAUUGGAAGAUAAUUAAUUCAAACUUUUCUCACCAUCUUCGAACUGAGUGAUGGUUCCUUUGAUGAGGAGGUUUCAACGAGCCGUUUUUCAAAGUUCUUCUUCAGAUCUACCGACUUCCGAUCACAGCCUCCUCUCACCUCGUCCUCCAUUACUAUCUUUCGGUUGGUGUUAGGUCGGAUUUUUCUCCGGCCACAGGCCGUGAGAAAAGCUUCGGCAAAGCCGUCUUCCUACUUGUUUCAUGUUGUCUUUUGUUUCGUGAUGCCGCUUGUUUCGUCGUCUCGCCUUGCUCUCUAUUGUUCUCGCCUCGCAAUUUCUCAUAUAUCACCGCUUACUCGCCAUCUCUCACUGCUUCCUCGCUGUCUCUUGCCGCUUUCUCGCUGUCGUUCAUUGUUGCAUCGCCAUCCUUCGUUGCCGUUCCCCAUCUCUCGUUGUCUCCUAUUUGUUCAAAAGAAACUGAAGUGGGGCUGCUCCCAACGAUGGAUCUCUACUCUGUCACCAGAUCUUUCACAUCCCACUCUUCUACUAACCUCCCAGCCGUGUACUUUGCAGGUUAUGCAUCUGUAUUGUGCUUCUUCCAUCCCAUUAUGGUCUUGUUUUUACAAGAUCCCUGGCUGCAAGUCUGUCGCCUUUGUGCCCUGCAGUUUGCAGGUUCUUUCCCAUUUUCAAUAUGGAUAUUGGUAAUAUGAAAAUUGUUUUAAUUCUCUUCUGGCAGAUUGGAUUGGCAUUGAUAUGUUUUCCAAUGAUUAUGGUUGAUUCCUCCUUCAUGGAGGUUGUGUUAUUCCCAAAAUCCAGUCUGUUAUCACCUCUGAGUUUACAGCCGAUAUCAUGAUUGUUAUACCAGCACAAGGUGCGGUUCUAAUCUCCGGUGUAGGAAUAUGAAUGUAUCCUAUAAUCCCCAACUAGACUUUCCUCUUCUUAGCACUAACGGGGUUGAGUGUAGAGGACAACUCCUCAUCUUUAGUGUUUUAAGUUUUGUGUUUAUCUCUAUGUCUUUACUAUCUAUGUUUUCCAUGUUGCUAUGGUGUUUUUAGCCGUUUGGCUUUGUUGUAUCUUUGCUUGAACACUUUCUCCUUUAUUGGAGAUUUAGUAAUGAAUCUAUAAAAUGUGGGUUGACCA